GGCCCCUUUAAGAGAGAAAAGAUUGACUCUGUCAUCUGAGCGAAUUCCUCCUUCCUGAGUGGCGGCAGAAGUUACAGGGCCCUCCCUCAACUCCCCUUCAUUAAAUAUAGUAGUAGCUGCAGCCCUCGCCUGGAAGCGCUGCUGGAAGGACGGCUCUGUGCCGUACCCGGAGCCCCAGCCGCUGCUCCAGCCCUGGGGGACACCAUGGGUGCCCGAGGUGGCACUGCCACGCUGCUGCUGCUGAUGCUGCUGGCCUGCCAGCCCCCGGCUCUCAGCGCAGGACCCCCGGCCGGAGCCUCCUUCUUCGGGGACGGCUUCGUGGAGAUGCCGCUGGCGGAUGCAUCGCGCACGGUGCGGCUGCGCCUGCAGCUCUACACCAGCCAGCGGAACGGGCUGCUCUUCCUGGCCGCCGGGCAGCCCGACCACCUCCUGCUCCAGCUGCGGGACGGCACCCUGCAGGCCAGGCUGCGGCUGGGCUCGGAGGAGGUGAUGCUGCAGUCCCCAGCGGAGCUGCAGCUCAAUAACCUGGCAGUGCACGACGUGGAGCUGCUGGUGGAGGACAACAGGAUGACGCUGACCAUUGACAGCCUCUUCAACAGCUCCGUGGACAUGGCAGGGCCUGCACGGGAGCUGGACAUCCAGCACGGCCUCUACGCCGGGGGGACAGGCAGCCUUGACCUGCCGUACCUCACCGAGGCCAGCGCACCCUUCCGAGGUUGCCUCCACUUGGUGACAUUCAACGGCCUGGAUGUGCUCUCCUCCCUGUCCUCGGAUGGCAGCUCCAAGGUCUUCCACCGGGUCCAGGAAGGCUGCAGCACACAGUUCUCUGCAGAGCCCGAGGAGCCCUUUGGGUUCCCGGGGCCACACUCCUACGUUGCAUUUCCCACGUGGGAAGCGAGGGAGGAAGCAACCAUUGAGUUUGUGAUAACAACCAGUAUCACCCAGGCACCCCUCAUCUACCACGCAGGGCUGGAGAAUGACUUCUUCUACCUGGAGAUCUCCAACGGGCGCCUGAGGGGAUUUGUGGAGAAGGGGAACGGCAUCAUUGUCCUGCACAACAACGUCUUCAUCAGCGAUGAGCAGCAGCACUACGUCAAAGUCCACACAGACAUCCACAAGUUUGAGAUACUGAUAGAUUACUACGCCUCAUCCACCUCCAACAGGGGUAUCAAUAACUACCUGGACCUUCAGGGGAACCUCUUCAUUGGAGGUAUGAAUGAUAAAGCUCUGCAAAGGCUGAGAGAGCACCAUCUUGCUUUCAUCUCGGUGUGGACCAUGACCAACAGCUCCUUCGUUGGCUGCUUGGAGGACCUGCGGAUAAACCUGCAAAGGAGGAGCCUGCAAGAUGCCGUGAUCACAAGGGACAUCACAUUAGGCUGUGGAAAACAGGACCACUACUGGGAAUACGAUGAGGUGUACGAGCAGGAUGAGGCACCCACCUCCCCACCUCCAGAUGUCUGGUCAGGAGCUCCAGGGCUGGUGGUGGAGCCGUGCCGGCCGGACAACAGCUUCCCACCUGCCUUUGCCAACAUCAGCAGGCUGCUGCAUGUCAGCCCCCUCAUCGUCUCCGAGGGGGGCAUGGCCUAUCUGGAGUGGAAGCACGCCCAGCCAACAGUGGACUUGAGCCUUGCAAACAUCCGCCAGUCCCAGAUCCUCUUUAGCAUCACCAACGACCCAAGGCACGGCCAGCUGGAGCUCGACAUCCCUGGGUCCAGGAGCAGGAGGAAGUUCACCUUGUUGGACAUCGUGAAUCGGAAGGUUAGAUACAUCCACGAUGGCUCCGAGGGGCCCAUGGACCAGCUGAUGCUGGAGGUGACGGUGACAGCCCAGCAAGGGGUCCCGGAGUGCUUGCGGCAGGGGCAGAUGUACCUGCUGCCCAUCAUGAUCAACCCCAUCAAUGAUGCCCCGCAGGUGAUCUUCCCCCAUGGGAACCACAUGACAAUGCUGAAACACACGCGGAAGCACCUGACCACCGACAUCCUGCAGGUCCUGGAUGAUGACACAUCCUGCGAUGACCUGGAAUUCCAGCUGCAUGGUGGCCAGCAGAUGGAGGAGGGUUAUGUGGAGUACGACUUUCACCCUGGAGUGCCCAUCGAAGAGUUCUCCUGCAGGGACCUGGAAGCAGGCAACGUAGUCUACGUGCAUCAGAGCGGGACAAACUCACAGCUCACCUUGCAGGUGAGUGAUGGCACAGUCCCGAGCCCCAUUGCUACCUUAAGCAUCCUCGCCAUUGACCCCGACAUCCACCUGCACAACAACACUGGUCUCUCCAUCUCCCAAGGAGGAGCUGCACGCAUUACCACAGCCAACCUGUCAGUGGAGACAAACGCAGUGCAACAACGGGUGGCUAUUCUCUAUGUCCUCACAGAGCCCCUAAGGUAUGGGGAGGUCCAGAAGCAAGGAAGCAUGGGAGGGGAAUGGAAAAAAGUUGAGUCUUUCCACCAGCAAGACCUGGAGCAAGGGCGCAUCCAGUAUUUUAGCACAGACCCGGAGCACCGGCUGGAAGAUAGCGUGGAAAAGCUGAGAUUCAAAGUCCAGGUGGGGCAGAAAGUGUUGGAAAACAACACCUUUCUCAUAAGGAUUAAAAGAGCCACCAUUAAGAUGAAGACCAUGGUCCCCCUCCAGAUGAAGAAUAAACGGCACAGAAACAUCACCACUGAGGAGUUGGAGGCAAUGUUGGAAGAUCCAAACUCCACCCCAGUCCCCUUCCACUAUGUGAUAAUCCAGGCUCCCAAGAAGGGAAACCUGGAGCUGCUCGGCAACAGGCUCACCGAAGGCUUUGGAUUUAGCCAAGAGGACCUGCAGAGAAGCCACCUGAGCUACAGCGUGACCAUCAGGAACUCUCAGCAAGCCGAGGACACCUUCCAGUUCCGCGUGCGUGCGGGUGAGCAGCACUCUCCUGUCUAUACCUACACCAUCAGCAUUGGUGGGGACCCCGAUGCACCAGCCCUGACCAACGUCCUCCUGACUGUGCCGGAAGGCGGGCAAGCGGUCAUCUCCAAGGACCACUUGUUUGUGGAGAGCAUGAACAGCAUGGACUACCUGUAUGAAGUGAUUGAGGGGCCCGCGCACGGGAGGCUGGCCUGGGCCACAUCCCAUGGCUGGGCCUCCAGAGAGGAGAUCACGGAGUUCACCAACGAUGACAUCCUCCAGCGCCGGCUGCUGUACCAACACGAUGACUCCGAGACGCUGGAGGACGACAUCCCCUUCGUAGCGACCAGGCAGGGUGAUGGCAGCGCUGAGCCCGAGGCAGAGGAGGUGAGAGGUGUUUUCAGGGUCUCCAUCCAACCCGUCAAUGACCACACUCCGGUUCAGGUGGUGAAUAAGGUGUUCAACGUGGUGCGCAAUGGGCAGCACCUACUGACAACAGAUGACAUCGCCUUCACCGAUAAGGACUCCGGCUUCUCCGACACGCAGCUGGUGCUGGCGAGGAAGGACAUUCUCUUUGGCAGCAUUGUGUCCGUUGAUGACAGAAGCCACCAGGUCUAUCGGUUCACACAGGAUGACUUGAGGAAGAAGAAGAUCCUCUUUGUCCAUUCAGGGGCUGAUCGGGGCUGGAUCCAGCUGCAGGUCUCAGAUGGUCUCCAUCAAACCACGGCCCUCCUGGAAGUACAGGCAUCAGAGCCCUACAUCAGAAUAGUCAACAACACCGGUCUGGUCAUCCACCAAGGCAGUCGCGGGAGCAUCGAUUCCUCUGUUCUCAGCCUGGAGACCAACAUGGACAUCAGGUCAGAUGAAGAGAUACGGUUCCUGAUAACAACCCCCCCGAGGUGGGGCACUGUGCUGAGAGGGGAGCAGCCGGUCAUGGCCUUCUCCCAGAGGGACCUGCUAGCAGGAGAGAUCUCCUACCGCCACAACGGGAGCAGGAACACGCGGGAUGAGCUCCAGUUCACUGUAGAAGUGAAUGAGGUGGCAGUGGAGGACACGCUGGCCAUCAGCGUGUUCUUGGACACCCAUCCCAGCCCCCUGCACAUGGUCAACCACAAGGAGAUCCACGCCUUCCAGGGGGAGGGAGCUGGGAUCAAGGAGGAACACUUACUGGUGACCCAUGAAGAGAUCCCUCCCCAGGACAUAGUCUACCUGGUGAGAAGGCCCCCAACCUCUGGCUUCCUGGCAAUGCUUCAGCACGACCAAGACUCAAACGAGCAGCCCAGCCUGGACCCCAUCCAGUCCUUCACCCAGGAGGAUAUCAACAGCGGCAGAGUCCUCUACCUCCACUCCAAGCCCCAGGAGGAGCGUGACCAGUUUGUGGUGGACAUCACAGGCAGCAGUGCGGACCCUCUGGAGGGGGUGGUGGUGAGCCUGGCCGUGCUCCCCAGCACCGUCCCAUUGGAUGUCCGCAACAUCACAGUGCCAGGAGGUGGCUCUGCCACCCUCUCCACAGGCAUCCUCAACAUCCCCAACCCCUACUACGUGGCUCUGGGUGUGGAGUUCAUGGUGCUCGAGCAGCCCAGGUUCGGCAUCCUCCUGAACAGCGAGCGGCCCGUGGGUGCUGGGCUGCACAGCUUCACCUGGAGAGAGGUGGAACGGCAGCAGAUCCAGUACCGGCAGCACGGCCCCGGCGCCAGGACCGACAGCUUCACCCUGCUGGCCAACGCCUCCGAGGUGGAUCGGCAGAGCCAGCCCAGGACCAUCUUCAUCACCAUCCUGCCCCGCGGAUCCAAGGGGCCCCGGCUCAGGGUCAACGCCGGCCUGCAGCUGCGGGAAGGCGCCACGGCUGCCAUCAGCCCCUAUGUCCUGAGCGCCGAGGACGAGGACUCCCUGCCGGAGGAGGUGAUCUACUCCAUCCAGCCCCCAGCCAAUGGGAAGGUGGUGCUGAGGUCGGCGCCCGGUGCUGAGGUCCGGCGCUUCACCCAGGCCCAGAUUAACAACGGCCUCAUCCUCUUCAUGCACCAAGGGCAACUGGAUGGGGGCUUUGCCUUCGACCUGUGGGAUGGUGAGAACCUGUCUCCUGGGCACUUCUUCCUCAUCAGGGCACAGAGGGAGCCCCUCAUCAGCCUGGCCAAGAAGCAGAGCCUCACCGUGUGCCCAGGUGCCCUGCAGCCCAUCACCAGCCAGAACCUGCAGGCAGUGAGCAACAGCCCCGCCAGCUCCACCGCUCUGUACUACAGCAUCGAGCAAGCCCCGCGCCUGGGCAGGCUCAGCACUGCCCAGGGAGAGGAGAUCAGGAACUUCACCCAAGCCCAGGUGGACAGCAGGUUGAUUUUCUACCAGCACGAGAUGCCAGAGAAGCCCUUCUGGCUGGCUCAGGAUGCCAUCCGCUUCCGUGUGGUGGCUCCCACGACCAUCUCGGAUUCCUUCAUCCUCCUUGUGCUGAUCUCCUUCGAGGCAAAGUGUCCCCAGCGCUCAACCCAGCUAUGGAGGAAUGAAGGUCUCCAGCUCCCAAGGGCUCAGCGGGCUGAGAUUGGCACCUCAGUCUUGGAUGCCUCCAACCUCCUGAGCCAAAUCCUGGCCCCGGAGAGAGCUGCACACGAUGUGGUCUUCCUGGUGACGGGGCUACCGGCCCAUGGGCAGCUCCUGGUGGCCGGUGUGCCCCUGGAACAGUCUCAGCCAUUCUUCCUGCAGUCAGACCUGGCUGCAGGGCGCCUGGCAUAUGCCCAUGGUGGGGACAGCGUCUCUGAGGAUCAUUUCAGGUUCAAGGCCUGGCUCCGGCCCCGGGCGCAGCGGUCCCUCCGUCCCCCACAGGAAGGGGUGGUCAUCUCCGAAGCCUUCAAUAUAACAGUGACCCCCAGCAGCAUCAAGCCACUGCAGGUGGUGAAGCAGCAAGAGGUGCUGAGGGUGCCCCCAGGCUCUGUGGUGACGCUGUCCCAGGAGUACCUGGAUGUGGCAGAUCCAUGGGGGUCCCCAGAGGAGAUGGUGUACAGCAUCCUCCAGAGACCUCCUGCUGGCCACGUGGCCAACACACACAACCCGCAGGAGCCCAUCGACCGCUUCACCCAAGCGGAUGUCAACGCAGGCCACGUGGUGUUUGUGGCCAGCGGGAGCCAUGCCCCAGGCGCCCUGGCCCUCAGCCUCUCCGAUGGCCACCACCCGCCCACCCUGACCGCUCUGGACAUCGAGGUGCUGCCUGCGGGGAGCACUGCCCCCAGCCCCGUGCUGCUGGAGGUGCCCCAGGACCUGAACAGGGCCCCCGUGUCCCACCAUCACCUCCUGGGCGCCGCAGGGCUGGGGGCGGGCAAUGCCCUGUACAGGAUCACCAGGGAGCCAAGGUUUGGCCAAGUGCAGGUCAACCAAAAGCCGUCACGGGGCUUCUCACAGAAGCAGUUGGACCGCGGGGAGGUGACGUUCACCUUCAUCGACCUCAGCUCUCCUGAGGAUGCCUUCCAGUUCCUCGCCAUGUCCCGGGCAGCAAACAGGACCGGGGUGGUGAACGUGACCGUCCGUGCCUUGGUGAAGGCUCGGCCAGGCAGCCUGUGGCCCAGGGGCACCACAGCCCUGCUGGACACCAGUGUCCUGGAUGCCAGCGAGCUGGCCAACCGCACCAAGAGCAUCCCAGUGUUCAAGGUCCGCAGGGCACCCCAUGCCAGCCGCCUGGUGAGGGUCUCCAGGGACCCAGGACAACCCAGCACUCCCAUUGAGACCUUCAGCCAGAGCGAGCUGGAGCAAGGGUUGGUGGGACUGGAGCUGCUGGAUGCUGCAGAGACCGACCAGCCCCUGCAGAGCGACAGCUUCGUGUUUGAGCUGGUGGCUGCCGGCGUGCCACCCGCAGUAGCAUCCCUGGGGUACAGCACUGAGCCCUACAACGCCUCAAAAACCUAUGGUGUCACCCUGCUGACUGCCCCCAUGGCAACCUCACCUCCCAUGUCCCAGCCCCAUGGCACAGCACGGAGCAGUCCCAAUGCCAGCGAGCUGGGCAUGCCCCCCACUGCCUGGCUGGGCCCUGGUGCCACCACCAGCCCCAGCCCCGUGGAGGGGGGCACCUUCCUCAGCUUCAUCGAGGCCAACAUGUUCAGCAUCAUCAUCCCCAUCUGCCUCAUCUUACUCCUGCUGGCCCUCAUCCUGCCCCUGCUCUUCUACCUGCACAAGCGCAACAAGACAGGGAAGCACCACGUCCAGGGCACCCCCUCCUCCAAGGCCAAGAAUGGGGCUGUACCGGACCAGGAGACCUUCCGGAGGACGGACCCCAACCAAGGCAUCCCCCUAACGACUGUCAAUGCCCUGGAGGGCAAGGGCACAGGACCCCCAUCCCAGGCCACGGGGGCACCCCCAGACCCCGAGCUCCUCCAGUACUGCCGGACUUCCAACCCCCCCCUGAAAAACAACCAGUACUGGGUGUGAAGGGCUCAGGAAUGGGGCACGAGACCUCCUGCGGGUCCAGAGCCUCCCAGAUACAACCACCACCUCCUCCCGGCUCUCCUCCUCCUCCCUGGGAGCUGGCAUCCCAUGGAUGCAGGAGGGCCCUGGGGAUACAGGGGCUGCCCACCCGGGAGCCCCAAAUCUGUGUGUGGCUUUGGGCAGGGGAGCGGAGCUCUGCAUAAGCAAGGCAGGACAGGCAAAAUGCCUGAGCAUCCCUGGGGAACGCUGACGCUGGGUGCUCACUGGGGCCACCCCACAGCGCUGGAGGACCGGUCCCCACCGAGCCACCCAGGCAGGUCCCAGUGGUGGCUCCUCCAUGGGCAGCUCUUGCCGUAAGAGGGAGGAUGAGGAGCAGCUCACGCUGAGUCAGGCUGGGGAUGAAGCUGCCCAAAUCCCCCAGGGCUAGGCGGGCUGACACUGGAAUGGGGCUUGGAAAGAACUCCGUGGCCAAUGCCAGGGGAAUUCAGGAAUCCCCACCCACUUGGAAAGAAAAACCCUGCCUCGCU